GUCCCCAUUGGCGACGUUCCGCUCGAGAAGUUUCCCACUAACUCACCACCUCCCCAACGCAUUCAUGUCUCGGCUGUCGUUACUGCUACUGCCGGACGUCCUCAACCCCGUUUAGCCUCCGAUAUGUCUUAUGCGCAGCGGGAGACUCCGAUACUGGCCGAACUCUGCGAACUCCUGGUUGAAGACAUAUAUGGCGAGCUUGCAGCUCGCGUCUUCUCCGUUCUCGCCCGCCAUGGUCGUCAGACCCUCAGCGCACUCAAUAAAGCCUCGUACCUCAACAGCCGACAGAUCAAGCACGGCCUAGUCGUCCUGAUUCAGCAACACCUCAUUUUUCACUCCGCAUCUAUCGAGCCCCACGCCGCCUCCUACGAGAUCGAUUGGCAACAGGCCUAUGGUCUAGUUCGCUAUGGCAGAACCCUCAAGUCUGUGGAGGAGCGGUUUGGUGACAAGGCUGCCAACGUCAUGUCUAACCUUAUCACACUUGGCCAUACACGGAUACAGGAUCUAAGAGAGGCUUAUUUUCCCCCACACACUGAGGAGAGCGCAUCGGGCGAGGAAGGUGCCAAUGGUGCUUUAGGGGAUGCCAAAGCGAAUGGGUCUCUCUUUGUGAACGGCGAUACCGGCAUGAAUGGCCACGCUAACGGCACUGCGCCACCCAAGCUGAAUGGCGUGAAGCGGGCUCGACCCUCGGAUGAGGAAGAAGUCGAUGGAGAGUAUGAAGACCGAGUAGAGGACAAGACUAUCAAGUCGGUUGCCGAGCUGGACAGCAUCAUAUACCAUCUUAUGCUACAGGGUUGGAUCGUGAAGGUGGAGUGGACACAGUACCUUGGUCCCGGAGACUUGCACGACAUCACCCGUCAGGAGGCGAUAGAGAGCGUAAAUGAAGGAAAACUUCCCCAUGGCACAAAGGAAAAAGAGGCCGUCGCAUAUGGCAUAUUGCGAAGGAAGAGGGAGAUACGGGAUGAAUGGUUGAAUGUUCCGCAACCGACGACGCGUAAGCGUACUUCAGCCGAUUCGGAUUUGAGUCGAUCGAACAAGAGACAGCGGCUCGCUGGUCCGAAUAAUUGGGCACCACGCGAUGACGAGGUCAUUGUUCUUGAUGAGAAUCUGACCAUCCGCGCCAAUCCUGAGAAGAUGACAGUUGCGCUGCGUACAGAUAUUCUCGUUCGGCUCGUCCGCCAGCUCGUCGGCCAUGUCCCUGCGACGGUAUACGAGACUAUGCUACGGCAGAUUGAGGCGAACACACCGCGCUGCUACGACGAGUGGGCCGACCCCCCACCAGCGGACACAGCAGCUAUGGCCAACGAAAGCGUCGAUGCGCGAUUCCUGGUCACAUCCCGCGAAGUUGCGAAGAACAUUGACCCCUCGAUCGACCUUCUCGAGGGACUGGACCCACACGGCAUCGUGCUCAUGACCUACUCCACCUCCCACGUAGACAAGAAAGGAAAUAUCGUACCCCCGAUCGACCCCUUCAACCUCAGCGUCGAUGCCCGCGCGCGCCUCAUAGACAAACACAUCACAGCGAUAGCAAAUCACCCAUUUCGCUUCGCAACCUGGCAUUCCCGGGCCGGAUUCUCGCAGUGGCGUAUCGAUUUCCCUGAAAUCGCCCUCUCAUUGAUUCAGCACGAGAUCGAGACCACGAUCGCGGCGGGUAAUGAGAGGGAUAAGAAGUAUGGCGUUAAACUUAUCCGGGCACUUAAGAAGAAGGGCAAGUUGGACGAGAGACAGAUGGGCAAUGUCAUGAUGAUGCCGGCCGCCGAGAUCCGAAGUGUGGUUAAUGGCCUCACGGUCAGGGGCUUCGUGCAGACGCAGGAAAUUCCCAAAGUGGAGCGAAGAGAAGCAAAGCAUUCCUUCCACCUCAUUUGGUACGAUCGGCAACGCGCGCGCGAGAAGUUACUCCAGGAUACGUAUAAAGGCAUGGUGAGGGCGUUGCAGCGACUCAAGUAUGAGAAGGAGACGGUGGCGGGUCUGCUGGCGAAGGCGGAGAGGACAGAUGUGGCCGGGAAUGAGGAGAGGUGGCUGAGCAAGGGGGAGCUGGAGGCCCUCAAGAAAUGGAGGGGUGUGCAGGAGAAGGUGUUGCUGCAGGUGAGCCGGAUGGAUGAGGUCGUCGCGGUUCUGAGGGACUUUUGCGGGCCGCUGGUAAGUGUUUAGGUCGAUGCUGGUGCACGAGCGGUGUGCCAUGCCUGUACACUUAGCUGUACUCUUUUUGCCCAGCCUACGAGCGGCUUAUUUCUGCCGUUGGUACUGCUAGGCUCCUCGAGUGUUACUACCACUCCGUUCCAUUUCCAUCUGAGGAUAGGCAUAUGUGCGCCACUGGGCAUAGAGACUUUCAUGAAAUUUGAUACCCCGCCGCAUUGGGUCGGAGUUUUCCGUUUGCAAUGUCGUACCUAAUGAGACGAAGGGGUAUGUGAGUAGCGAUGUUGAUGCUAACAGGAUGUGCGCUCUGAAGGAGAAUGUUUCAGGAUUGGAAGCGAUGAUGGAGAGAUAUAAGC